CUCCGACCAUCAUAGCAACUUGACUGCUGUUUUCCUCCGUUCUUCACCUUUGCUGUGCGUCGCCCGUCAUCUUCCCUCGCUUGUCCACCAAUUAUAAUCUGCAGCAGCAUGCUGCUCCCAGUACUUAUGGCAAACGACUCGGCGCUGGCAGCACAGCCGUCUCUGCGACAGCUAGAGAAGAUGCCACUUACGCUGUAUAGAAAGACUCUGGACGACUCCAGUGAUGAAAUGACAUCGUGGGUGGAGACGCGGAUAUGGCUCAUGCUCGGGAUCUUCGUGGUCUCUUUAUUUGCAUCUUCCUUCCCUAGCCUCUCCCAGAGACUGCCCGGCGUACGCGUCCCGGGCAUCGUGUUUUUCAUCGGAAAGCACUUCGGGACGGGCAUCAUCAUCUCGACUGCUUUUGGACACCUCCUGCAGGAUGCCUAUGAAGCGCUGCUCAGCCCCGCAGUCACCCAGAGAUGGGCAGUGUCAAAAUGGGUGGGCAUGAUUGUCCUAGGCUCAUUACUCCUGAUUUUCCUCGUGGAAUAUAUCUCGACGUCUUAUGUCGAUCGCUUACAGUCAUACGCGUCUGAACCCCCCACGCCAUGCGAUACCCCUUCCACGUCCUCGCCCACCCCGCGCCGGCCGAGAUCACCGGUUCUCCUCUCCUCCGAAGCGUCGGUCACUGAAGGACACGUUGCUGACGCGCCGCUCCCGCUCGCACCGCCCGAGUCGUCGGCCGACGUAAGCGUUCCCUUCAGCGUCGAUGAAUCCACGCCCCUUAGCGACCACAGUGCCCCGGCCUACGGCACCGCAGCCCACCCUGCCGCGCGGCCCUCGAUGUACGCACACACCUUUCCGCGGGGCAAGAACGGCGGGAAGCGGCAGAGCACCAUUGCAGAGGCGAGCCAAAGUAUCUUUGCCGGCGGGCACCACCGACACGAAGAGCGGGGCUCGCAUGCUGAGCACCAUGGUAGCACGAAAGCCUGGCAGGGUUGGUUUGGGCUGGGUAAAGGCCGGGAGGAGGAGCAUAAUGAGGAGGUUAGGAGUGGGAGUGCGGGGAGGAAGGCGCACGACAAUGGGGCAGGGCGGCCUGAGCAUGUACAUGGCAACGGUCAUCCGCAUGCGCAGAACGGCCAUGACCAUGGUCAUCGCCAUGUGCAUAGCCACGGGCAUGUGCAUAUGGACAUGGAAAGGUGGUCCCCGGAGCGUGGGAGUGGGGAAGAGAGCGAUCUGGAUGGGCCGGAUGCGAAGGUGGGGAUGCGGAGGCAGGUCAUUGGGAUCUUGAUGCUGGAGAUCGGGAUUAUGUUGCAUUCCCUCGUCAUCGGCCUGACGCUCGCCAUCACCUCCGGCGGAGAGUUCACAUCGCUCGUCACGGCGAUCAUCUUCCACCAGCUCUUCGAAGGUCUGUCGCUCGGGAUUCGCAUAGCGACGCUCCCCGCUGCAGCCGCCCGAGAUGUCGCUGGCUUUAGUUUGCUCAAGCCCAUCCUCGCGCUUUCCUUCGCCGUCACGACUCCUAUCGGCAUCGGCAUUGGGCUCGCGGUGUUUGAACCUGGCCGCAGCGAGGGCGCGAAACUGACGCUCAUUCGUGGACUGAUGUCCGCUCUGUCGGCCGGGAUGCUGAUCUACGCGGCAUGCGUGGAGAUGCUUGCGGGCGACUUCGUGCUCGACCCGCACCUGUGGAGGAGCAGCAUCGCGCGCCAGACGCUCGCGCUGGUGAGCUUGUUGUUGGGGUGUGUGGCGAUGGGCGUCGUUGGCAUAUUGGGAGAAUGAACGCCCCAGGGGACACGAUCGUUACGUUGCAUCCGCGGCGCUUCGAGCGUCUGUCCAUAAAGCACGUGUACUGGGUCUGUGAUUACCUCUGUUUUAUGUCUCUGGAUUUGGAGAGAAAUUGUGGCAGGAACUGUAUACCACGCACUCAUGCAUGUUAGAACUCGCAUCGUCUGUGUUGUAGCAUAGUCUAAGAUAUUUUUGACUUUUGGUUGGUUGGUUGA